AAAAAAUUGAUGGCGUCUAUGUUGGCAAGUCCGCUGUGAGUAAAAUUGUAAUAAUGAUAAUAUGUGAAAAUAUCAUUUGAAACAUCCGUGAAUGACCAUAUUUGUACGAAUUAAUGUUAAAUGUGUAAUUUAGCGAUAUUGAGCUAUUAGAGGAUCAAGCCUCUAUAUCGGUUCACAGUUCGAUAAAAGUUCACGGAGUUUUUGUGAUAGUGAAGCGUAUGCUUGUUGGCUUCAAAAGAGAGCAAAAAUAGGCACACCGUUUAUAGGGUAAAAAGGUUAUUUUACGGUUGGAUAGAUAUAAAUGAAUGUGUAUGUUAUCAGUGAAUCAAAUGACAAAGUAUUGUUCAAAGGCGAAUGAAGUAAUUGGAGUCUCAGUACAAAAAAAAGACUAUUUAUUCGUGCUCUUACGUUUGAGCUCUUUCUGCAAAUUCCAUGCGAUAGAUGUUCGACUAGCUGUUUAACAAACUAGUGAUAAAAAGAUACAAAUCAGUUUAAAGAUAAAAUAAUUGUGACAAUUUGAAUCGUGUAGAGAAUCAAUGCUACAUGCUGUUAUUAAAACCAAUAGUACUCCAAUAGCCGUUUAGACGUGUGCCGUUUACCGUUUGGUUGUGCUGUGUUGUAAAGGUACGGAGCAGGCUGGCGUACCGCACACGGUGCGGUUGCGCACUUCUAGGAUCUAACAUUCUUCCUUAGUAGUUGCAAUUUUGGAAUAUGAUAGGUUUAAGUCGACGUGGAGUUAGUGCAGGACCGUCACUGAGUUUACCGUCUACACUGGAGGACUCUACAAACAAUUGGAAAGGAACACCUUCGGGACCAACCGACCCUUCGCAGCAAGGUGCGGGUCCUGGAGGAACUGGAGUCGGCCCUGGAGUUGCUGGUAAUGGUGGUCCAGGUGGCCCCAGUGGUCCAGGGGUCCAAGGACCCGGUGUGAACAGUUUUGGUGGUCCUGGUGGAGCUAACAAUUUUGGAGGUCCUGUGUUUCCAGCAGCCGGUCAAGGUUCUCCAGCCGGAGGAUCUGCUUCGAAUAGUUAUCAAAAUUUACCACCAGGCACUGGUUCAAAUACGCCACAGUAUACAGCAUCCCCCGCACCUUCAGGGUCGUCCACACCAGGACCUGGUCCUCCACAGAAUGUUGGUUCCGGGUUUCCUCCCCCAAAUACUGGUGGGCCAUCGGGGCCAGGAGGACCAUACAACGGCCCUGUCGGAGGUGGCCCUGUAGCAGUAGGUCCAUUUAGUUCUCCAUCUGCUAAUGGGCCUCAGUUUGGACGGCCAGGAAGUUCCGGAUCUGCCUUCGGAAGCGGGCCACAUUUUACAUCACCUAGUGGGCCAGGAAAUUUUGGUGGUCCUCAAUUUGGCAUACCUCCAGGUUCUCCUUUUGGCCAUGGUCCAAAUGGUUCGAAUAUGGGUGGUCCGAUGGGACAAGGACAUUUGAUGGGAGGUCCACAACCUGUUGAUCGAUUGGAUCAAAGUCAAUUGAACGUUCCCAGAAGGCAUGCGUAUUUCGGUCAACCAGAUUAUAGAAUCUAUGAACUCAACAAACGAUUACAGCAAAGAACUGAAGAAAGUGAUAAUUGUUGGUGGGAUUCGUUUGCGAAUGAGUUUUUCGAAGAUGACGCCACAUUGACUUUAACAUUUUGCUUGGAAGAUGGACCAAAAAGAUACACUAUAGGACGCACAUUAAUCCCAAGAUAUUUUCGAAGUAUCUUCGAAGGCGGCGUAACUGAGUUGUACUUUAAUUUGCGACAUUCAAAAGAAUCGUUUCAUAAUACUUCGAUUACUCUGGAUUGUGAUCAAUGCACUAUGGAAACACUCCACGGAAAACCUAUGUACACUAAGGUACUCACUGAAGGAAGACUUAUUCUGGAAUUUACGUUUGAUGAUUUGAUGCGGAUAAAAUCUUGGCACAUGGCAGUUCGAACCCAUCGAGAAUUGAUACCCCGAUCAGUAAUUGCUCUCCACAGUCCUCAACCAGAUCCUGCAAUGCUUGAACAGAUGUCGAAGAACAUUACUAGACAAGGAAUCACCAAUUCAACAUUAAAUUAUCUGCGCUUGUGUGUGAUACUGGAACCAAUGCAGGAGUUGAUGUCUAGACAUAAAGCAUAUGCACUAAGCCCCCGGGAUUGCCUGAAAACGACAUUGUUCCAAAAAUGGCAACGGAUGGUCGCACCGCCGGGUAAGAAAGGAGAUGCUCAACGUCCAGCAAAUAAGAGACGAAAACGUAAAGGUUCUAGCUCUGGUGCUGGAGCUGGGAACACCGGGCCCCAAGUUCCCAGCAAGAAGCGAUCACCGGGCCCAAAUUUUUCUCUGGCGUCUCAGGUAGAUGUCAUGGUGGUGGGUGAACCAUCUCUUAUGGGAGGUGAGUUUGGGGAUGAAGAUGAACGAUUGAUCACUAGGCUUGAAAACACGCAAUACGACGCUUCGAACAAUCUUGAGCACGAUGGUCAUAAUGCAUUUAGCGGCGGCAGCGGAGGUGGAGGCGGCCACAAUGAUGGAGGUCCAAUGAGCGGAGGACCUACUUCAUGGCAGGUGGAUCGAGGAGGCGGCGGAAGUACAGUAAACAACGCCGGUUCAGGUGGUCCGGAGGGCGGUAAAAAGAGUCCUUCCGUUUCUCAGUGACAAAUGUAAAAUCCAAUGCACUCAACUCUACAAAUUUUCGUGGCGUACAGCGUGCGAUUGAUUUUGCAUGUGCAUUGGUUCAUCACUGCAGCAAUUCUCAAACUUUGCAAGAGUAAGUAAAUAAGUAGGAAAAUGAAUAUCUGCUGCUUCUCAAUAGAGUUCAGGAAAUCAACAAAAAUUCUAUAUUUCCUCAACGAGAGUAAAUCUAGCAAAGGGAACAAGAGCAUGAGCUAAUGGCUUACUAACUGGAGGUACACAAUUACUGACGAAUGAAAUUUUGAUGUCAACGAUGUUUUUUUUUCAACAAGUAUGUUAUUAGUCGCGGUCAGCUUCGCAGUUUUUGUUUGUUAUUCCUCAUUAAUUAUCUACAUUAAUUUAAUGCAACAUAAUUUGGAUUAUAUCACUCGACACGUUUUCUUCUGGACAUGCAGCUAUGGUGCAAUAGAAUUAUUUGCUCUCUUUCUAAGAGUGAAAAAAAUUAGGCUUCAAAUUGUUCAGGAAAGUUGAAGAGAUUGUGAAAGCUUCUGCCGCGUUACCAAACUUUUACUUUAAUAUAUUCUUUUUUCGCAGUACAGCUCGACAAAUUUAGCAAAUCGUGUACGGUCGAUUGCGUCUACAUAUUAUCGUGUAUUAUCACUGAAUUAAUGAUGUGUGAUGCAAAGAAAGGAAAAUAAAUCAGGAAUUGCCGUCUUAAUUGUUUUAUAAUAGCCUAUUAUUAAUUACGAUACAUAAAGAACACAGACGAACUCAGAUAGGUUAUUGAUCAUUACUGUGAAGAACAUUUGAGUGUGUUCAACAGAAAAAAGAUAGCUAGCGUAUAGGUGCAGCUAUCUACACUCUACCGAAAUGUUUUACUUCUAGUGCAAGUAAAUCUCUCUAGCACAAGAAACAAUGGUGGGUCACUACCCUACUCUUAGAGAGAUAAAGUUAGAAAAGUAUAUACAUAAUGUGAAUAAAAAACUGCUAAUUGUGUAAUUUCAACUAAUAAUAAUUUAAUUGAUAAUGGAUAGAAUAAGUAACGUUCUUACAAAAAAGGAUGUUUGAAUAGAAAUAUCUUAUUUGUGCAUUCUGUCUCACUCUAUCUGCAUCUUUUUUGAGCUUCUAGUAUAUUCAUAACUGUCGAUUUGUCUUCUUUAAUUUUAGUUUUUUUAAAAUACAGUAUCAUAGUUGUGCAUAAACAGAACCAUAUUAAUUUGUGCUCAUGUACGCAUACCGCUGGGAUACGAAUAACAAGCAAAUAAUUAAAUUUGUGUCUACUGUAACCAUUUGUUAUUCAUAUAAAAACUGAUAUUUUUGCAAUCAAUUUGGUACGCCUAAUUUUCCUUGAAUUAAAUGAUUUAUAGAAAUUGGCUAUACUAUUUUAUACAAUUUGGUUAAUUUAAAAACACGUGGGUCGUCAUAUGCACAUUUGACGCACUAUACACAAUUGAUGCUGUGGAAAAAUAUUAGACCCAGACAUUUGAAACUAUUUGUAUAAAUAAAAAUCUGCUUAGGGGGAAAGUGUACGCUCGGAAAUUAGCACUUGAUUGAAAGCAGAUUAUGGAAUGUUGUAUUGAUGUGUUAUUUUACAUCAUUUUUUGAGCGUUUUAUUAGUUGAUUAUUAUAUUUCAUACAUACGCACGUUUUACAUUAAAUGCCAAUAUUAUAAAAAAUAGAGAGGGAUUUAUCAUUGUACCAUAUUUCACCACUUUUGAUCGAAGCUGUGUUUCAUCUCACCAAUUUAGUUGUCAAAAGAGCGAAUUAAAAAGUUGCGGACUAUCGAGCGUGCACUUAGUUUCAAAACCUUUGUCACACACAAAUGAACUACUAUAACGCAUCUCACAUGCAGUUGUCUUAUUGAGUAGAUUGUAAAUAGUUUUUAAAUGCAUUAAAUGAAAAAAAAAAAUGGAAUUAAAGAUAUCUGAUCCGAUAAUGGCUGGAAAACUGUCGCUAAUUUAUUUCCAUACUCUAACAUAGCUGGAGACAUCACUCUAAUGGCAUGUAUAAUAAGCAAAAGGGAGGUGUAUAUACGUGAAGAAAUAUCCCAUGAGAUAACGAGCUAGAUCCAAACAAUUCAUCUUUUUUUUUAUAUUGCCAUGGUAUUUUACCUGGAAUUAGAUUUCAUACUGAAACAUGCAAAGAUCAAUCUCAAAUUGGAAAUUUUCUUGUAAAAUUGAUUGAAUAACCUUGUCCAUUAUGAAAUCAUCUAAUGGAAAUCUAUUCUUAUUCUGAGUAAUCAAAGGAUCUAAUGAUCGAAAAUCAAUCGUUGAAAAUAGAUGGUGCGAAUAAAUAAAAAAAUGUGUUAAGUAACAUAA